CAAUUUCUUAUAGAAAAAAUACAUCACUAUAUAGAUAACUCAACAUUCCCUUUGUAACUUACAAGUUGCUUGUAAUCAUAAGCCAAAAAAAGAUGCCAGACAAGGUCGAAAAUCCACAGCCAUAUCCCGCCGGCGACGGCCGCCGGCAGCCGCACAAGAACAACUACAUCAAAUGCUUACUCUACCUUAUCGUCUUCCUCGUUUUCCACGCCGUAAUCAUCCUCGUAUUCGCCCUUGUCAUCACGAAAGUUCGAACCCCAAAAUUCCAUGUCAGAACGGUGACGUUUCGCAACGUGACUCAGCAAUCGAAUGGCUCCUUCACCGCCGUGGCGACGGCAGAGCUCAGCCUCAGGAAUGCCAAUUUCGGGCGGUACAGGUACCGGAGCACCACUGUUGCGUUUUUUUAUAAGGGAAUGCAAGUUGGGGCGGCGGAGGUGGCAGCGUCGAGCGUGGGGUGGCAGUCGACGAAGAAGUUGGAGGCGACGGCGGCGGAUUGGAAGUUGGGAGUGGCGGCGGAGGAUUUGCCGGCGGGGUAUUUGCCGGCGGGGGCGUUGCACGUGACAAGCCGCGCGGUGUUGGUCGGGAGAGUUGAGGUGAUUUUUGUUAUGAAAAAGAAAAGAUCGGCGGAAAUGGAGUGUGGUAUGGACGUUGUCGCGGCUUUGCCGGAGGUUCGGAAUGUUGUCUGUAGAUGAACUAUGCACUGGAAUUUUGAUUUGUUUUUUUUUUUAAAAAAAUAUUUUGUAUGGUGUGAUUUAAUUUUAGUUUAAAUUUGAGUUUUUUUAUUAGAAUUUUAAUUUAAAUAGCUUAUUUGUAAAAAGAAAAGUUAAUAUUUAUUGAAAAUUAUGUUGAUUGAA